AUGGCUACGAUCAAAGACAAACCAAUUGUUUUACACAUUGGAGAUCCAGUAAAAUGGAACAUUGAUCUAUAUGCUCAAUUUGCGGAGGACUUUACGGUUGUGCGACCUUCAACGGAAGAGCGUCAACGUGAUGAAUUUAUCAAAGGAUUGAAAGAAAAUAGAUGGGGCAAUUUCUCCGCCAUCUUCAGGCCAUUUUGGAACACUGGUGGUGAAAUGGGAAGAUGGGAUGAGGAACUCAUUUCCUUGAUACCGACAUCUUGCCAGAUAUUUGCAUCUGCUGGGGCAGGUUUUGAUUGGGUGGAUGUGGAUGUUCUGGCUGAGCGAGGCAUCGUGUAUUGUAACAGUGCUGGAGCUACUACCGAAUCCGUGGCCGACUUUGCCAUCUUUCUGAUUCUAGCUACAUUCAGAAACCUCACUUGGUGCACACAAGCUGCUCGUUCAGGAGCAGCAGCGUUUCAAGAUUGCCACACCAACGCUGCAGUUGUGUCUCAUAACCCUCGCGGCCAUACACUGGGAGUCGUGGGCCUCGGAAAUAUCGGUUACAACAUUGCCUGCAAGGCCUACCUAGCCUUCGGAAUGAAAAUUCUCUAUUACGAUGUCGUACAGAAAUCUCCCUCUCAAGAAGCAGAUAUUGAAGCACAAUUUUUCCCUAAUUUGAAUGAGAUGUUGGCUCUUAGCGACUGUGUAGUUCUUGCUACACCUGCUUCUCCCGAUGGGAGCAAAUUUCUAGAUCAACAGAGAUUGACUAAGUUCAAGGAAGGAAGUAGGUUUGUGAACAUUGCGAGGGGAGUCUUAGUGGACGAAAAUGCAUUGGCCGAUGCUGUUCAGUCGGGAAAGUUGGUGGGUGUGGGAUUGGAUGUUCAUGAGCAUGAACCUAGGGUAAAUGAUCGAUUGAAGGCCUCAAGGAAUGUUACGCUUACGAGCCAUAAUGCUGGUGGGACUCUUGAGACACAUAUUGGAUUCGAAGAGUUAUCGAUGAAAAACAUCGAUGCAGUUUUAAAGGGAAAGGAAGCAUUAACACCGGUUAACAAGCAUUUGAUGGGAAAGACUAAGCUAAAUUUGUGA